AUGGCAGAGAACUACAGAAAAACCAUAACUCGCAUUGCUGCAGCCACAUAUUUCUGGACGGAUACCAUGGAAAUCACUUUGAUCUUUGUGCUUUUGGGUUUGGCUUAUGUGGUUGGUGAGGCCAAGCCAAUCAUUAAUGUUAUGGACUAUGGGGCUGUUGGAGACGGCAGACACGAUGAUACCCAGGGGUUCUUAAGGGCUUGGGGUGUCGCUUGCUCGGACUUUAGGGUGCCCACAGUAGUUAUCCCUCCACGAAGGACAUUCCUGUUGAGCCAAAUAGAAUUUGAAGGCCCCUGCAAAUCCAGCAUCCAUGUUCAGGUUAGUGGAAAUAUUGUGGCACCUAACAAAUUGUGGACCUCUGAAUUCACCACUUGGAUCUCAUUCAGAAACAUCAACGAUCUCACUAUUGAUGGUUCUGGCCUGAUCGACGGCCAAGGUUCCAUCUGGUGGAACUGCAAAAAUAAGAAGCGAUGCGUUAAUGUUCCUUAUGCAUUUGGAAUCUCAGGCUGCAACAAUUUUCACAUGAAUGGCCUAACAAUUAUAAACAGCCCAGGAAAACACCUCACUGUAUUUAUGAGUUCAUGGGUUCAGAUUAAGGGUCUUAAAAUUAUAGCUCCAGCGGACAGCCCUAACACCGAUGGCAUAUACAUCCAAGAGUCUGAGCAUGUUGAAGUUAGUGAUACCGUCAUCAGAUCAGGAGAUGAUUGUAUAGCCAUUGGUACGGGUUCUUUGGAUGUGAACAUCACGAGGAUUUCAUGCGGCCUUGGCCAUGGCAUAAGCAUUGGAAGCUUGGGAUGGCAAAAUUCAAAUGCAAAGGUCGAGGGUGUCCACAUCUCGUACUCUAAUUUCUCUCAAACGACCAAUGGCAUGAGGAUUAAGACAUGGCAGGGAGGGUCAGGUUUUGCAAAAGGAAUCUCUUUCGAGCACAUCAAACUUGCUUCAGUUCGAAACCCUAUCAUCAUAGACCAAUUCUACUGUCCCACAAAGAACUGCAGGAAUUCGACAUCGGCUGUGAAAUUGAGUGAUGUUCGAUUUGCUGAUGUACGUGGAACCUCGUCAAGUGAGGUGGCCAUCAACCUUGCAUGCAGUGAGAGCGUUCCCUGUUCUAACGUUGUUUUGGAAAGCAUCAGCAUUGUUUUGGACAAAGUUGCCCACAGGAAUCAAAUCACCUCUUAUUGCCUCAGUGUCCAUGGGAGUAAAAUUGGUAAGGUCAUACCGGAUGUCCCAUGUUUGAAAUAAACCUAUGUUUCCUUCUCAAGUCAUCAGAAUUAGUGCUAUAUUUUGUCAAUGGUCCCAAUUAAUGGGGAUAGCAAGAUGAAUUCUCCAUCUUGUAAUUGUUGCUUCAUUCCAUGGGACCAACAAAAAGCAUCAAUAAACUUGAAUUUGCUUCCAUCUCAUCA